AUGUUAAUUAUUAUACUUACUUUAUUAAUAUUAAAUUUAACAAGUUUUUUUCCUAGAACUGUAAUAAAGUAUUAUACAUUAACUUUAAAAAAAUAUAUAAAAGAUUAUUUUAAAAUAAUAAAAAAAGGAGAACAAUAUGGAAUAAUUGAAUAUACUUUAAUUAUCUUAUUUAUAAUAAUGGGUAGUUUAUUAUUAAUAUCAAGUAAUGAUUUAGUUUCAGUAUAUUUAUCUAUAGAAUUACAAAGUUAUGGGUUAUAUUUACUUUGUACAAUUUAUAGAAAUUCAGAAUCAUCUACAUCUUCAGGUUUAACUUAUUUUUUAUUAGGUGGUCUAUCUUCUUGUUUUAUUUUAUUAGGUAUAGGUUUAAUAUAUGCAAACUCUGGUACGACAUAUUUAGAUCAUUUUUAUAUAAUUACUAAUAUAUCUAAUAUAAUUCAAGGAGAAGAACUAUAUAGUUCAGAUAUUGCUUCUUAUAUACCUUAUUGUUUAUUAUUGAUAACAAUAGGUUUUUUAUUUAAAAUAUCUGCAGCUCCUUUUCACUUUUGAUCUCCAGAUGUUUAUGAUGGUAUACCUACUAUAGUUACUACUUUUGUAUCUAUUAUACCAAAAAUAUCUAUUUUAGUUAUAUUAUUUUAUUUAGUACAUUUUACAAAUAAUAUUUAUAUAUUAACUGAAUAUACAUGAACUUAUAGUUUAUUAAUUAGUAGUUUAUUAUCUUUAAUAAUAGGAACAGUUAUGGGUUUAACCCAAUUUAGAAUUAAAAGAUUGUUUGCUUAUAGUACUAUUUCUCAUGUUGGUUUUUUAUUAUUAGCAUUAAGUAUUAAUAGUGUUGAAUCUAUACAAUCUUUUAUUUUUUAUUUAAUACAAUAUAGUAUUUCUAAUUUAAAUGCUUUUUUCUUAUUAAUUACUAUAGGUUAUACUUUAUAUUUUUUUGAUAAUAAUAAAAUAUUUGAUAAUUAUAAUAUUAAUAUAAAUUUAAUAGAUAAAAAUAAUUCACCCAUCCAACUAUUAAGUCAAUUAAAAGGUUAUUUUUAUGUAAACCAAACACUAGCUUUAAGUUUAACUAUUACUCUAUUUUCUUUUGCUGGUAUACCACCUCUUGUAGGAUUUUUUGCAAAACAGAUGGUUUUAUCUGCAGCUUUACAAGAUGGUUUUAUUUUUUUAUCUUUAGUAGCGGUAUUUACUAGUGUUAUUGGUGCUGUUUAUUAUUUAAAUAUAGUAAAAAUUAUGUUUUUUGAUAUUCAUUCAUAUGAAUGAAAAAAUCUUAUAUUUAAAUCAAUACCUGAGGAAGAUAUCUAUAAAUUACCUUUAUCUUCUUCUCUUUCAAUUACUAUCUCUACAUUAACUUUAAUUAUUCUUUUAUUUAUGUUGGUACCUGAUCAAUUAUUACAAUUAUGUAAUAUUUUAUCCCUUGUUUUUUUUACAUCAUUUAUUUAA